AUGUCCCACUUGAUCAAACAAAACAACAAACCCUCGGAUUCGUUCUUCCCAGGUGGUCUUUUCCUUGACGCUACCACCCUUCCAACAUCCUUAUUUACCUUAACUCCAUCUUCUUCAUCCAAUUCAGCCACAGUUUCAUGUUUUUCCUGGGGUAUCAGAAAAAGGGUCGGCGCCGAGAUUCUCAGGGUAGAACCUGCCAUUAAUGGUGGCAGUUGCGUUUUCUCGUCGUUGAGUCUUUCAAUAAACGGAACCGGCACAGAUCAUAGUCAUAGAUACACUCCAGAAUCCAAUGAAGUUUCAGAGCAACAUGAGAAAAAAGUGGAAGAAGGUGUGUAUCAAGAGAAAGAGAAGGAGAAGGAGAAGGAGAGUCUUCAGGUUAACGGAUCCGGUGCUGUUAACAUGACCAAACAUCUCUGGGCUGGUGCUUUUUCCGCCAUGGUCUCAAGGACUUUUGUUGCGCCAUUGGAGAGACUUAAGCUCGAAUACAUUGUUCGAGGAGAACAGAAGAAUCUUGUUGAGCUCAUUCAGACAAUUGCAGUUUCUCAAGGGUUGAAAGGUUUUUGGAAAGGAAAUUUUGUGAAUAUUCUUCGGACGGCGCCUUUUAAGGCUAUAAAUUUUUAUGCCUAUGAUACAUAUAAAAAUAAACUGGUGAGAAUGUUGGGGAAUGAAGAGUCCACAAAUUUUGAGAGGUUUGUUGCUGGUGCUGCUGCAGGGAUUACAGCUACCUUGCUCUGCUUGCCCAUGGACACUAUCAGGACAGUUAUGGUAGCACCUGGUGGUGAAGCAUUGGGAGGUGUAAUCGGUGUCUUCCGUCAUAUGAUCAAAACGGAGGGCUUCUUUUCUCUUUACAAAGGUUUAGUACCUUCCAUUAUCAGCAUGGCACCUUCAGGUGCUGUCUACUAUGGUGUUUACGAUAUUUUAAAGUCGGCAUAUUUACAUUCGCCCGAGGGAAUGAAAAGAAUCCAAUAUAUGAAAGAAGAGACUCAGGAGUUGAAUGCUUUGGAACAACUGGAAUUGGGCACCGUUAGAACUUUAUUAUAUGGUGCUAUUGCUGGUUGUUGUUCUGAAGCUGCUACAUAUCCCUUUGAAGUUGUAAGGAGACAGCUUCAAUUGCAAGUUCAAGCGACUAGGUUGAACGCGCUGGCGACUUGUGUCAAGAUUGUUGAGCAAGGAGGUGUUCCUGCUCUCUAUGCAGGAUUGACUCCCAGCUUAUUGCAGGUAUUACCAUCGGCUGCUAUUAGUUACUUUGUAUACGAGUUCAUGAAGAUAGUUCUCAAAGUAGAAUCAACUUAG